AUGCGCCCCGCAGCCGUCUUCCCGCUUGCUGCUCUCAUACUUUUGUGUGUUGGCGGUGUCCUGACUAUCAUGGGCCGCUGUGAUCACCGGACUCAGAAGCUGGUCUUCAUCGGUGGUGGAGCGAGCAUCGUCAGUGGUAUGUACCGAUGGAAAAGCAGAUUUCUUGCAGUUAUUGCUCAUCUUUCUUUUUCAUCAGAAGUACAUGCAACGGUGUGGAUUAAAUUGCGCUUGAUAACUAGGCUGAAGCUGGUAUAUUAAAACAAUCUUAUGGCAUUUUCAUCACAGUCGUAGCCAAAUUAGCUGAAUUGGCAAGUAAAAACAUGCAAAGUGCAAACGCACCUAUUAUGCAAAAGUCGAAAAUGGAAAAUGUAAAGAUGCCGGAUUUAUUCAUCGUAUUUGGUUGGAACGCAUUCCAUAAUAUAAGACUUGUGACUGACUGGAAUGCGCUCUGUUUGACUAACUCAUAAUAUACCAGUAAAAGAUGUGUUGUAUGUAUAAUUCUUUAAAUUUCACAAAAUGCUCCGUGGGAAGCAAAGGAAUUUAAAAAUCUGAAAAUACACGUCUGGGUGGAUCUCUCCGUUUUGUACUAUAAAGUGCUGUUGGUUGCGUUAUACGCAUUCAUACCUAUGACGUAAACAUUUGGCUUCUGAAUGCACACAAUACUUGAUAUGCUAUAGUUCUGUGCCGCCCAGCUCCCAAAAUGUUGCCAACGAUUGCGCGUGUUUGCAUACUUUUUCCGAAAAAAGGAAACACACUGCAUGAAUUAGUUCGCAGUUUUACAAGGCUUCGGUAUCCCCAGAGUAAGCGUUCUACUGACUCGCAUACGUAUUCUCCAUUCUUGUUUAGUCUUUUUUGAUUAGGGAUUGUUAUUAACACCUGAUCUGACAUCAGUAUUAAGGUUUAUUUCGUUUUUAAAAAACCUAGGUUUUAACCUCACGUUGCAAACUGUCGCUUUGGUUGGAUUACUGAUUUUUGAACAUCCGAAAGACACAACGAAUUCGUCUCUCUUUUUAUCACAAAUCUUGUCUCGAAAUGUCGUAAUUUUUAAUACUCAUACUUCCAACUAACAUAUGUGCUGCACGUUAAGCGCCUCUCCCUACUGCGUGUUCCCUACAUUCCCCAUUUGCAUAACUUUUAUUCUUUAGUCUAUCAUCCGGAUAGGACUUUUGCAAUCUGCUCUGUUUCCUUUAAGUCGUACCGCAAGUUAAUUUUCGCCUUUAAAUUAGUCACUAAUGCGAGUGAACCAUGUUUCACAAGCGUCCAUUGGUUCCCACGUUUAUUUUACCUACAUAAUCAAUAAAAAAUGCAGAAAGAAGGCAACAACUUCAGCCUCCGAGCUACGACCAAGACUUAGUAUAUUGACCCAUACGAUGGGCUGUUGUUGGCCUGGAAAAUGGGCUGACCAGUAAGCCCGCUAGCCUAGAAUCUCCUAAUCCUCAAUGCACAGGGCCGAGGAGGCGAUCAGACCAGAGACUGAAUCAGCGAGUCACUAGUGAGAGGUGGCAGGGUGAGAGAGAGAGAGAGAGAGAGGGAGAGAGAUGGCUAAACCGCAUCGGCGGACAGGCACUGAAGAGAGGGGGCGCUUGCGUGUGUCUUCAGGGAGCGGGAAUGGCAGAGGCGGUGUGGGUGAGCGGGGUGAGUGGAUUAAAUGAAGUGGAAUUCAUUGAUGAGCAGCAGCGUUAUUAGCAUCAAAAGCAAAAACCGACCAGCAAGAAGCGAACCACUGUUGCGUUAACCAACCUAUAGACGUGCGCAAGUGAUGUGGUUGUUAUACGUUUCCUCUGGGGGGAGUGCAUUAAAAAAAUGGAGGGAUGUAAGAGCGCAAGGUUUCACUGCGAUCGCUGAAAGGUAGACCCACCACUGCGAGAUUAUCUUAGCCAAUUUUUUGAGCGACGCUGGCAAAACUGAGCAGAGUGCAAUUUAUUCGUUAACGCGGUUCCGAAAAGACUACGCGGGAUCGAUAAAUACGCAUAAAUUGUAAAAACCCAGGUCUGUCAGUCGGGAUCCUUUUCUAUUACGUAACUGCCGUUAUAAUUUUGCCGCCGAAUCCGCUCAAAGGUUCUAUGAUCCACUGCUGUGGCAAAAGAACAGUUAAAUUAAUCACUGGUAUCAUCUCGAGUAUUCCUCAGCGAGAGCUACACACUAAGUGCUUCUCAAGAAACUGAAAAUGCCUUUCAUAUAUUUUCAGGGUCAGUUAUUGCGAUUUUAGGUGUUUGGCUCAUAAGUUGUCCCCGGACUGCGUUUGCUCGUAUAUACCCCGGUUCAGGUGAGAGAAUUUAGAAGUUGGCCAGAGGAAUCCGAAGGAAUUUGAGGAACUGUAUUCUUAAAAGUAGAACUGAAAAUCUGACGAGAUGUCCAACAAAAGAAGUAGAGGUGAUCGGUGGAGCAUCAACUUUAUUCACCUGAAAUUUCGGAUUUUAUGCUCGAACCCAUCUCCAGUGGCUAUAUCAGAUGCGGGCAAUUAAUAUAAGUGGGGGUUCAGUACUCAUGCGAUUCAGUCGCUGUAUUAUCGCAUACCUAUAACAGUGAACGGCCCCCUCUACAUUAACAGUGGCUACGAUAAUGGCUUGAUGUCCGGCAUUAACGUCGUUGAUUGUUGCCAUUUCAUCGCGAGAGGUGACAGUCGCGAAAGUCACGAGCUGCGUGAGCCAUGGUUAACUAGCUUUCAGGACAAUGACCUGUCCCCUUCAAAAUCAGUGCUAAGACUGAGUCUGGGCAGAAUGAUUAGCCAGGGGGCGGAGUGCGCGGGCGAACAUUGUAUUCAGCGCCAGUGUCGGUGGCUGAAAUGGCCGAGGCAUUACCACGCCGACAUUCAACACGGGUGGCGAAAUCGCGGAAAUCUACGACUCGAAGGCUGGUAUCCAGGCCAUUAUCGCACAAAUAACAACCAUCUUCAGUGAAGGGACGUGUCGCUAGUACUGAUAAGUAUGCGAUGACCCAGCUCCUGCAUCCUAUAAACACUGCAACCCACUGUUCAUGAAAUGCCCGUAUCUGAUGCCGUCUCUGGUGAUCGGUUCGCGCAUGAAUUCGAGACUUAAAGUGAAUAAAGUCCUUGUUCCAACGAUCGAAUCUCCUCCUCAACCGCUCCCUUUAUAAUGUAUAUAGAGAUGCCUGCCCCAUGUUUAGGCCUACAAGUACAGCAUCAGAUACUCGAAUGUGAAUGGUUUCGGAUGAGUCAAAGCUUAACAGGAAAUUAGGGAGCGAAGUGUAGUAUAUCACUUUAGACACUUGUUCCACUUGUCUAUUUAUCAUUCAUAAGUACAGAGGAAAGAAUGCAGCACAUGGAGGCUAGGAUGCGGACCUAUAACCCAACCGACGAGCUACGUAAUUUCAUGUAUCCAACGCAGUCUCGAUUUCUUUGAUAAACGUGACUGGGUGUUAAACAACUGCACUUUUUCCAUGGGAAUACUAAGGGUGCUCCACUUUCAAGUGGAUACAUUCGGUUUAACGUAUUUCACGGCCAAGUCAUGCGAACGAGGAUUUCAGUAAAGCCCUUUAGGUUAAAGUUUGGAAGCUCUUUGCAAAAUACGCUCUUAUGAGUACGAGAGAAGUUCAGUGACUCCAUCAGCUUUCAAACUCGUAAAGUGACCGACUGGACAAGUCCACAGUGAGACAACGUUAUGUGGAUGGCUGUUUUAUAUCGUUACCCUGUUCCAGCUCAUGGAUAUUGCAAAUACCCAUAUACUUGAUAAAGAAUUGUGUGGAUAGGGCCUUACCCUCUGUCCUAGAUAAAAUUAUGAAUUGAGCACCUAUCUGAGUUUCAUUACGAAAUGUCAGUGUUACUUAUAAUUACGGUUAUCGUCCCCACUUACCUCCGUUACUUUCCCGCAUGGUCAGUUAGGCAUACGUUCAAACGGUUUUCAAGUCAAGGACACACAGAAAUGCAUGUCUUAAAGGGCUUUGAGAAAUAUUACUGACGCAUGAGACAAACAAAAAUUUUGCAUAGUCUUAUGAGAACAGGAUGCACUGUUAUGGGAACUUUCAGCUUUUAUUAAUGGUAUGGAGGCAAGACAAAAGAGAAAAUAUGACUGAACUAAUUGCACAAGAAUCUCCCCCUAUCAUUAUUGACAGUAGUCUGGUUAAGUUACAGCAGAUUCUGCUAUUCAAAUAAUUCUGGGAAAACGGUAGGAAUGAGUUUACACAGAUCUGAUAUCAUAAAUUAAGCAAAAAAGCCACGUUUCCAUCAAGGCCUGCUAUGAUGUAUGUUGGAUGAAGACCUCGAUCAUUCCGUCAGGCAAAGUUUGCGUAGAGUCCCAUAAAACAGGAGUGAAUUGCUAAUGAGAUAAAUUUCGAGAUUUAGGUGGCUGGCGUUUGUCUCGGAGUCUUUGACCGCCUUUUAUUUAUAUUCUCAACAAUACACUUCUAUCGUGAACGUGAGUGUUGCUCUUAAAUUAUGCUAAAUACCUGUAUGUAUACUGUUUUUAGGCAUUCUUACACUCAUUGGUAUCGUGCUGUAUGUCGGAAGUGUAAGUCAGGCCUUUGAUGCUAUUACCGGGCCUAUUACAAUUGAGACCAAGUAUGUCUAUUUCUACGGCGCUGCCCUUCGUCUAUGCAUCGUCGCAUUUGUCCUCAGUGAAUUUUCUGGAGUCUUCGCCAUCUACCUCUUCCUUGCACAAAGGAGACAUCAGAGCCAGGCGAAAAUCACCUGUCCGCAAAUUACUGAUAACAAAGCAAUGUUUACUCAAAACCACAGAGAAUAUAAGGUUCGCGAUUGUCUUCUUGAAACAGUCCCAGUUGGUGGAGACUCAGGCUACUUCGCGAACAGUAUUUCUACUAUCGGUUUGUCGCCUUCCCAAUUAGCCAUGACAACUACUUCCUUUGCUCAAGCCUCCCUAACUGACAAUGUAGUUUCAGCUGAAAAUCAGUCGAACUCCAACCCCCUCGCAGCACCUUACUCAAGGACCAGCAGUCAGAAAACACUUUCAGGUCUCCCAUAUAGCUGUCGCCGAGUGUCGGACAACAAAUCGCCUCGAAUAAAUCAUGCUACUGGAGAUGCCAUCCGAGUCAAGGUUGUACCCCACCCAGCUUCCAAAGUCAGUCGAAGUGAGCUCAAUUCCACCCAGAGCGUUCGGUCUCUAAAUGUGAUCAGCUUACCUAGUAGUCAUUCGUCAAGUUCCCCCAGUUCUAUUUCAUCCUCCACUUCACACUCCCAACAAUCCCCGAUAUCCCUGUUCCCCAUAAACAAAUCGAGUCGAAAGAUUCCAUUGAAGCGUCGGAAAAUUGCCCCCGUGAAUUGCUCGACGACCAGCCUUCGUUGGGUUGAUGAGAAUGGUAGACGGCCUAGCGGAACUCGCAGCGCCAUCAUUAUAAGUAGUCGAGCAAACAAAGGUGAUGAAACCAUACAAGAUUCUCAGUGGAAGAAACCACGACCCGGUACGGAGACCGUGACUCGGAGCUCUUGUCGGGACUGUGAAUUACUGCAGUACAAACAGUGGCCCGUCACAAAUAGAGCUAUCCCAACCAGCACUGCUAGUUCGAGUGUCGGACGACCCAGACUUUCUAGCACCAUUGUUCUUACGGCCUCUGAGGCCGAAACUUCCAGCAGUUCCACUUCGCGCUGCGAUCGUCCAUUAGAAAGUCCGAGUAUGGAGGCCGAGUAUUCCUUCGACGAUAAAUCGUCCUCCCGCUGCGGACUGGAUAGGAAGUAUUGCUAUGAUCAGUCCCCUGCACAUGCCUUCCAAGUAUCCGCUGACCGAGGUAAACCGAAAUCCAGUCAUCAGAGGCGUCAUAGCAGCCUUGAGGUCUCUUCGUCUCUCCUGACUGUGCAAAAGUCUUCCGAUGAGAAACCUGGAGGCGGAAGCACUAGUCAAAGCAGCAGUGCUUGCAGUCACCCAGAGGAGUGCUCUGCGCAAGGGGCACCCGCACCAUCUACCUCAAACUCGGAGUGGUACCUGAAGCGUUUCAUCACACCAACUAGUACUGUCGGUCCCUCGCCAGACUCAGAGGCUUGUCAGUGCAUUGUAAACCCUCCUAAACUACUGCCCUGGGGGCCCGAGUGCAAGUACUCUGCCUGCACGUCUUCCGGUGGGACCAGGCUUCCGCCUUCACUGCUCUCCCACCGAGGCUCAUAUGCUCCAUUCAGUUUCCUCCCGUCAACAAAGGUUCCCACUGAGACCACCUGUCACCCGCAGGGUCGACGUGCUCCGGCCGCUGAUUCCUCAAAGUCCUCGGCGAAACAAGCACAUCAUCAGAAAAUCACGCCCGUGUAG